CCCGUCCGAACACAUCAGCAACUAUUGGGUCAACUGUUGAACCCGGGUUGCGCACUUCCUGGCUCUGGGAACGCGGAGCGGACGUAGGCUUGCCGCCAUUGCGUUGAGAGAAAGCGGCCGUCUGUGUGAGGGGUUCGGGGAUUCUCCGGGCAUGGCCGGAGUAUUUCCUUACCGAGGGCCGGGUAACCCGGUGCCCGGCCCUUUAGCCCCGCUGCCAGACUACAUGUCGGAGGAGAAGCUGCAGGAGAAAGCCCGAAAAUGGCAGCAGUUGCAGGCCAAGCGUUAUGCGGAAAAGCGGAAGUUUGGGUUUGUGGACGCUCAGAAGGAAGACAUGCCUCCAGAACAUGUCAGGAAGAUUAUUCGAGACCAUGGAGACAUGACCAACAGGAAGUUUCGCCACGACAAAAGGGUCUACCUGGGUGCCCUGAAGUACAUGCCCCAUGCUGUCCUCAAACUCCUGGAAAACAUGCCUAUGCCUUGGGAGCAGAUUCGAGAUGUGCCUGUGUUGUACCACAUCACUGGAGCCAUUUCCUUUGUCAAUGAGAUUCCCUGGGUCAUUGAGCCUGUCUACAUCUCCCAGUGGGGGUCAAUGUGGAUUAUGAUGCGUCGAGAAAAAAGAGACAGGCGGCAUUUCAAGAGGAUGCGUUUUCCCCCUUUUGAUGAUGAGGAGCCGCCUUUGGACUAUGCUGACAACAUCCUAGAUGUUGAGCCGCUGGAGGCCAUUCAGCUAGAGCUGGACCCUGAGGAGGAUGCCCCUGUGUUGGACUGGUUCUAUGACCACCAGCCUUUGAGAGACAGCCGAAAAUACGUGAAUGGCUCCACUUACCAGCGCUGGCAGUUCACGCUGCCCAUGAUGUCCACUCUCUACCGCUUGGCCAAUCAGCUCCUAACAGACUUGGUAGAUGACAACUACUUCUAUCUGUUUGAUCUGAAGGCCUUUUUUACCUCGAAGGCACUCAAUAUGGCCAUCCCUGGAGGCCCCAAAUUUGAACCUCUUGUCCGAGACAUCAACCUACAGGAUGAAGACUGGAAUGAAUUCAAUGAUAUUAACAAGAUCAUCAUCCGGCAGCCUAUCCGUACUGAGUACAAGAUUGCUUUUCCUUACUUAUACAACAACCUUCCACAUCAUGUCCACCUCACUUGGUACCACACUCCUAAUGUUGUGUUCAUCAAAACUGAGGAUCCUGAUUUGCCAGCUUUCUACUUUGAUCCUUUGAUCAACCCAAUUUCCCAUAGACACUCUGUCAAGAGCCAAGAACCAUUGCCAGAUGAUGAUGAAGAGUUUGAGCUCCCCGAGUUUGUGGAGCCCUUCUUAAAGGAUACACCCCUCUACACAGACAAUACAGCCAAUGGCAUCGCCCUGCUCUGGGCCCCACGACCCUUCAACCUACGCUCUGGUCGCACCCGCCGGGCCCUAGACAUCCCCCUUGUCAAGAACUGGUAUCGGGAGCAUUGUCCUGCUGGGCAGCCCGUGAAAGUGAGGGUCUCCUACCAGAAGCUGCUUAAGUACUAUGUGCUGAAUGCCCUGAAGCACCGGCCCCCUAAAGCCCAGAAGAAGCGGUAUCUGUUCCGCUCCUUUAAAGCCACUAAAUUCUUUCAGUCUACAAAGCUUGACUGGGUGGAAGUGGGGCUACAGGUUUGCCGCCAGGGCUACAACAUGCUCAACCUUCUCAUUCACCGCAAAAAUCUCAACUACCUGCACCUGGAUUACAACUUCAACCUGAAGCCUGUCAAGACGCUCACCACCAAGGAAAGAAAGAAAUCUCGUUUUGGGAAUGCUUUCCAUCUGUGUCGGGAAGUUCUGCGUUUAACUAAGCUGGUGGUGGACAGUCAUGUGCAGUAUCGAUUGGGCAAUGUGGAUGCCUUCCAGCUGGCAGAUGGAUUGCAGUAUAUCUUUGCCCAUGUGGGGCAGCUGACGGGCAUGUACCGAUAUAAAUACAAGCUGAUGCGGCAGAUUCGCAUGUGCAAGGACCUGAAGCAUCUCAUCUAUUACCGCUUCAAUACGGUAGGACCCUGCCCUUUUUCAUUUCUAGGCCGACACUCGAAGGGGGUGGCAAAGACUGUAACAAAGCAGCGAGUGGAGUCUCAUUUUGACCUGGAACUUCGGGCAGCUGUGAUGCAUGACAUUCUGGACAUGAUGCCUGAGGGGAUCAAACAGAACAAGGCCCGGACAAUCCUGCAGCACCUCAGUGAAGCUUGGCGCUGCUGGAAGGCCAACAUUCCCUGGAAGGUCCCUGGGCUGCCAACACCUAUAGAGAACAUGAUCCUUCGAUACGUGAAGGCCAAGGCUGACUGGUGGACCAACACUGCUCACUACAACCGAGAACGGAUCCGCCGUGGGGCCACUGUAGACAAGACUGUGUGUAAAAAGAACCUGGGCCGCCUCACUCGGCUCUACCUGAAGGCCGAACAGGAGCGGCAGCACAACUACCUGAAGGACGGUCCUUACAUCACAGCAGAGGAGGCGGUGGCAGUGUAUACCACCACUGUGCAUUGGUUGGAAAGCCGUAGGUUCUCACCCAUCCCAUUCCCCCCACUCUCCUACAAGCAUGACACCAAGUUGCUCAUCUUGGCCUUGGAGCGGCUCAAGGAAGCUUACAGUGUGAAGUCGCGGUUAAACCAGUCUCAGAGAGAGGAGUUAGGUCUGAUCGAGCAAGCCUAUGACAACCCCCAUGAGGCGCUGUCCCGCAUCAAGCGUCACCUUCUCACUCAGAGAGCCUUUAAAGAAGUCGGCAUUGAGUUCAUGGAUCUCUAUAGCCACCUGGUGCCAGUGUACGAUGUGGAGCCACUGGAGAAGAUAACUGAUGCCUACCUGGACCAGUACCUGUGGUAUGAAGCUGACAAGCGCCGCCUCUUCCCACCCUGGAUCAAGCCUGCUGACACAGAACCGCCGCCUCUGCUUGUUUACAAGUGGUGUCAAGGCAUUAAUAACCUGCAGGACGUGUGGGAGACAAGUGAGGGCGAGUGUAACGUCAUGCUGGAGUCCCGAUUUGAGAAGAUGUAUGAGAAGAUCGACUUGACCCUGCUUAAUCGGCUGCUGCGCCUCAUCGUGGACCACAACAUAGCUGACUACAUGACAGCCAAGAACAACGUCGUCAUCAACUAUAAGGACAUGAACCAUACGAAUUCAUAUGGGAUCAUCAGAGGCCUGCAGUUUGCCUCAUUCAUUGUGCAGUACUACGGCCUGGUGAUGGAUUUACUUGUGUUGGGAUUGCACCGGGCCAGUGAGAUGGCUGGGCCCCCUCAGAUGCCAAACGAUUUUCUCAGUUUCCAAGACAUAGCCACCGAGGCUGCCCAUCCCAUCCGUCUCUUCUGCAGAUACAUCGAUCGUAUCCAUAUUUUCUUCAGGUUCACAGCAGAUGAGGCUCGGGACCUGAUCCAGCGUUACCUGACAGAGCACCCUGACCCCAACAAUGAAAACAUCGUUGGCUAUAAUAAUAAGAAGUGCUGGCCCCGAGACGCCCGCAUGCGCCUCAUGAAGCAUGACGUCAACUUGGGUCGGGCAGUGUUCUGGGACAUCAAGAACCGUCUGCCACGCUCAGUGACUACAGUUCAGUGGGAGAACAGCUUUGUGUCUGUGUACAGUAAAGACAACCCCAACCUGCUGUUUAACAUGUGUGGUUUUGAGUGCCGCAUCCUGCCUAAGUGCCGCACCAGCUAUGAGGAGUUCACCCACAAGGAUGGGGUGUGGAACCUACAGAAUGAGGUUACUAAGGAGCGGACAGCUCAGUGUUUCCUCCGUGUGGAUGAUGAGUCAAUGCAGCGCUUCCACAACCGUGUGCGUCAAAUUCUGAUGGCCUCUGGCUCCACCACCUUCACCAAGAUUGUGAAUAAGUGGAACACAGCUCUUAUUGGCCUUAUGACAUACUUUCGAGAGGCUGUGGUGAACACCCAGGAGCUCCUGGACUUGCUGGUGAAGUGUGAGAACAAAAUCCAGACACGGAUCAAGAUUGGCCUCAACUCCAAGAUGCCGAGUCGGUUCCCCCCUGUUGUGUUCUACACCCCUAAGGAGUUGGGUGGACUUGGCAUGCUCUCAAUGGGACAUGUGCUCAUCCCCCAGUCUGACCUCAGGUGGUCCAAGCAGACAGAUGUAGGUAUCACACAUUUCCGUUCAGGAAUGAGCCAUGAAGAAGACCAGCUGAUUCCCAACUUGUAUCGCUACAUACAGCCAUGGGAGAGCGAGUUCAUUGAUUCUCAGCGGGUCUGGGCUGAGUAUGCACUCAAGAGACAAGAGGCCAUUGCUCAGAACAGACGACUAACUUUAGAAGAUCUGGAAGAUUCGUGGGAUCGUGGCAUUCCUCGAAUCAAUACCCUCUUCCAGAAAGACCGGCACACAUUGGCUUAUGAUAAGGGUUGGCGUGUUCGAACUGACUUUAAGCAGUACCAGGUUUUGAAGCAGAAUCCUUUUUGGUGGACACACCAGCGUCAUGAUGGGAAGCUCUGGAACCUGAACAAUUACCGUACAGACAUGAUCCAGGCCCUGGGUGGUGUGGAAGGCAUUCUGGAACACACACUCUUCAAGGGCACUUACUUCCCUACCUGGGAGGGGCUUUUCUGGGAGAAGGCCAGUGGUUUUGAGGAGUCUAUGAAGUGGAAGAAGCUGACCAAUGCUCAGCGAUCAGGAUUGAACCAGAUUCCCAAUCGUAGAUUCACCCUCUGGUGGUCUCCAACCAUCAAUCGCGCCAAUGUUUACGUAGGCUUUCAGGUGCAGCUGGACCACGGUAUCUUUAUGCACGGCAAGAUCCCCACACUAAAGAUCUCUCUCAUCCAGAUCUUCCGAGCUCACUUGUGGCAGAAGAUCCACGAGAGCAUCGUUAUGGACUUGUGUCAGGUGUUUGAUCAGGAACUGGAUGCACUGGAAAUUGAGACAGUACAAAAGGAGACAAUCCACCCCCGAAAGUCCUAUAAGAUGAACUCUUCUUGUGCAGAUAUCCUGCUCUUUGCCUCCUAUAAGUGGAAUGUCUCCCGGCCCUCAUUGCUAGCAGACUCCAAGGAUGUGAUGGAUAGCACCACCACUCAGAAGUAUUGGAUUGACAUCCAGUUGCGCUGGGGAGACUAUGAUUCCCAUGACAUUGAGCGCUACGCCCGAGCCAAGUUCUUGGACUACACCACGGACAACAUGAGUAUCUAUCCUUCACCCACGGGUGUGCUCAUUGCUAUUGACCUGGCCUAUAACCUGCAUAGUGCCUAUGGAAACUGGUUUCCUGGCAGCAAGCCUCUCAUACAGCAGGCCAUGGCCAAGAUCAUGAAGGCAAACCCUGCCUUGUAUGUGUUACGUGAACGGAUCCGUAAGGGUCUGCAGCUGUAUUCAUCUGAGCCUACUGAGCCUUAUCUAUCCUCUCAGAACUAUGGUGAGCUCUUCUCCAACCAGAUUAUCUGGUUUGUGGAUGACACUAAUGUCUACAGAGUAACUAUCCAUAAGACCUUUGAAGGGAACUUGACCACCAAGCCCAUCAAUGGGGCCAUCUUCAUCUUCAACCCACGCACAGGGCAGCUGUUCCUCAAAAUAAUUCACACAUCUGUGUGGGCUGGACAGAAGCGUUUGGGGCAGUUGGCAAAGUGGAAGACAGCUGAGGAAGUGGCUGCUCUGAUUCGAUCUCUGCCAGUGGAGGAGCAGCCCAAGCAGAUCAUUGUCACCAGGAAGGGCAUGUUGGAUCCAUUGGAGGUGCACUUGUUAGACUUCCCCAAUAUUGUGAUCAAAGGAUCAGAGCUCCAGCUCCCCUUCCAGGCUUGUCUCAAGGUGGAAAAGUUUGGGGAUCUCAUCCUUAAAGCUACUGAGCCCCAGAUGGUUCUCUUUAACCUCUACGAUGACUGGCUCAAGACUAUCUCCUCUUACACGGCUUUCUCCCGCCUCAUCCUGAUUCUGCGUGCCCUGCAUGUGAACAAUGACCGGGCAAAAGUGAUCCUGAAGCCAGACAAGACCACGAUCACAGAACCACACCACAUCUGGCCCACUCUGACUGAUGAGGAGUGGAUCAAGGUGGAAGUGCAGCUCAAGGACCUUAUCUUGGCCGACUACGGCAAGAAAAACAAUGUGAAUGUGGCGUCACUGACACAAUCAGAAAUUCGAGACAUCAUCCUGGGUAUGGAGAUCUCAGCACCGUCACAGCAGCGGCAGCAGAUAGCUGAGAUUGAGAAGCAGACCAAGGAACAGUCUCAGCUGACUGCAACGCAGACUCGUACUGUCAACAAGCAUGGUGACGAGAUCAUCACCUCUACCACCAGCAACUAUGAGACCCAGACUUUCUCAUCUAAGACUGAAUGGAGGGUCAGGGCCAUCUCUGCUGCCAACUUGCACCUAAGGACCAAUCACAUCUAUGUUUCAUCUGAUGACAUCAAGGAGACUGGUUAUACCUAUAUCCUUCCCAAGAAUGUGCUUAAGAAGUUUAUCUGCAUAUCUGACCUUCGGGCCCAAAUUGCAGGGUACCUGUAUGGGGUGAGCCCACCAGAUAACCCCCAGGUGAAGGAGAUCCGCUGCAUUGUGAUGGUACCGCAGUGGGGUACUCACCAGACUGUGCACCUGCCUGGCCAGCUGCCCCAGCAUGAGUACCUCAAGGAGAUGGAACCUUUAGGUUGGAUCCACACUCAGCCCAACGAGUCCCCCCAGCUGUCACCCCAGGAUGUCACCACCCAUGCCAAGAUCAUGGCUGACAACCCAUCUUGGGAUGGCGAGAAGACCAUUAUCAUCACCUGCAGCUUCACACCAGGCUCCUGCACCCUGACAGCCUACAAGCUGACCCCCAGUGGCUAUGAAUGGGGCCGCCAGAACACAGACAAGGGCAACAAUCCCAAGGGCUACCUACCCUCACACUACGAGAGGGUCCAGAUGCUCCUGUCAGACCGCUUCCUCGGCUUCUUUAUGGUUCCUGCUCAAUCCUCGUGGAACUACAACUUUAUGGGUGUCCGGCAUGAUCCCAACAUGAAGUAUGAGCUGCAACUGGCAAACCCCAAAGAGUUCUACCACGAGGUGCACCGACCCUCCCACUUCCUCAACUUUGCUCUCCUGCAGGAGGGCGAGGUCUACUCUGCCGACCGAGAGGAUCUCUAUGCGUAGUCGUCUCCUCACCUCCUUUCAGAUUCCCCAAAGGCUGGAGCCUUUUACCCCCACAGACAAGCUGGUGACAUUCAGCAGCUAGACCUCUUUUCCCUCUAUUUUGUGCUUGUUAUGUUGUUGACCUGUGAUGUGUAAUUCUGAACAAAGUAUAAUAAAUUUUGUAUAAAUAGGA